AUGGAGGCUGUGUGGUUCCGUCCUGGUUACACGGGUGGGAAGCCGACGUGUAACAUGAGCAGGUUUGGGUCUAUAGAAGGAGGAUGGGUGCCACCGCCUGUCACAGAGGACAAGAGAGGGAACAUCUUCAUAGCAGACAAGAAAAAUGAUCGUGUUUUGAAGUAUGACAAGAAUGGAGUCUACCUUUCCAGUUUCGGCAGUCGAGGCACUGGAGCGGGGUAUCUUUUAUCGCCCUUGGGAAUCUGUGUGGAUAGUCGGGACCGUGUGAUUGUGGCUGAUAAUGGUAACCAGCGAGUGGAGAUGUUCACAGCUGAGGGGGAUCAUGUCUGCACUGUUGCCUACAUCAGUAGACCAGUGCGUGUUGCUAUAGGUGGGGAGGGGCAGCUGGUAGUGUCCACUGACUACUUUGUAACAAUCUUGCCCAAACAUUAA